GGUAUGACACGCAUGCGCAGUGGCAGUCUUGUGCUGUGUGUGGUGUUGAGUCUCCGGAGAAGAGCAGAUGAGAAGAAGUGUAACCUGUGUUUUUUCUUUCUGACAGGAUGAAAAGCAGGUUUAACACAGUGGAUAUCAGAGCAGUGAUCUCUGAAAUUAACGCCAACUAUGUCGGGAUGCGAGUGUACAAUGUCUAUGACAUUGACAACAAGACCUAUCUCAUACGACUCCAGAAGCCGGACAGUAAAGCAGUAUUACUGAUUGAGUCUGGAAUACGAAUUCACUCCACAGAGUUUGAAUGGCCCAAAAAUCUCAUGCCCUCCGGUUUUGCCAUGAAAUGCCGAAAGCAUCUGAAGUCAAGAAGACUGGCGCAUGUGAAGCAGCUUGGUGUGGACAGAAUCGUGGACAUUCAAUUUGGGUCAGACGAAGCUGCAUACCAUCUCAUAGUUGAGUUGUAUGACAGGGGAAAUAUAAUCCUAACAGACCACGAGUACACCAUACUGAACCUGUUGCGCUUUCGCACUGAUGAGGCAGAGGACGUGAAGAUUGCAGUGAGGGAACGCUACCCUGUGGAGAAUGCCCGGCCUCCUGAACCCCUCAUCAGCCUGGAAAGGCUCACAGAGAUUGUAACCAAAGCUAACAGCGGAGAGCAGAUCAAAAGGAUCCUGAAUCCCCAUCUCCCAUACGGAGGCACUCUCAUUGAACAUUGCCUUAUAGAAGUCGGUCUUCCUGGUUUCAUGAAAAUUGACAACCAGUUUAACAUUACAGAGGCUGGACCAAAACUUUUGGAAGCAUUGCAGUUGGCAGAGAUCUAUAUUGAAAAGGCAGGAAACUUCAAUGGAAAGGGUUACAUCAUUCAGAAAACUGAAAAGAAGCCAAGUAUGACUCCAGACAAGCCACACGAGGAAUUACUCACGUAUGAAGAGUUUCACCCAUUCCUAUUCGCCCAGCACUCAAAGAGCCCGUAUGUUGAAUUUGAGUCUUAUGAUAAGGCUGUCGAUGAGUUUUUUUCCAAGAUGGAGAGUCAGAAGAUUGACAUUAAAGCCCUUCAGCAGGAGAAACAAGCCAUGAAGAAGCUGGAGAAUGUCAAAAAGGACCAUGAGCAACGGUUGGAGGCCCUACAUCAGGCUCAGGAGGUGGACCGUUUGAAGGGGGAGCUGGUGGAGAUGAAUCUGCCCAUGGUGGAAAGAGCUCUGCAGGUGGUAAGAAGUGCUCUUGCCAAUCAAGUGGACUGGGCAGAAAUCGGGCUCAUCGUCAAAGAAGCUCAGGCAGCUGGAGACCCUGUGGCUUGUGCCAUCAAAGAGCUGAAACUACAAACCAAUCACAUCACUAUGCUGCUGAAGAAUCCAUAUACUGGUUCAGAAGAGGGAGAAGCACAGGAGGAAGAGUCUUCAGUGGACAAAACUGAGGGCUUACAGCAGCAAAAGGGGAAGAAGAAUAGAAAUAAAGAUAAAGGACAGAAGGGCAAGAUCGAGAAGAACAAACCCGUUCUGGUGGAUGUAGACAUCAGUUUGUCUGCAUACGCCAAUGCAAAGAAGUAUUAUGAUCACAAGCGAAGUGCUGCCAAAAAAGAGCAGAAAACUGUUGAAGCUGCAGAAAAGGCCUUCAAAUCUGCUGAAAAGAAGACCAAACAGACCCUUAAGGAGGUUCAGACCGUUACAACCAUUCAGAAAGCAAGAAAAGUCUACUGGUUUGAGAAGUUCCUCUGGUUCAUCAGCUCUGAGAACUAUCUUGUCAUUGCUGGACGAGAUCAGCAGCAGAAUGAGAUGAUAGUCAAACGUUACCUAAGAGCAGGGGACAUCUACGUCCAUGCUGACCUCCAUGGAGCCACAAGCUGUGUCAUCAAGAAUCCCUCUGGUGAGCCUGUUCCUCCACGUACACUGACUGAGGCUGGGACCAUGGCUGUGUGUUACAGUGCUGCCUGGGAUGCCAAAGUGAUCACCAGCGCUUGGUGGGUCCACCAUAACCAGGUAUCCAAGACAGCUCCAACAGGAGAGUAUUUAACCACAGGAAGUUUCAUGAUUAGAGGAAAGAAGAACUUCUUACCUCCGUCUUAUCUUAUCAUGGGCUUCAGUUUCCUCUUCAAGGUGGAUGAGCAGUGUGUGUUCAGACAUCGGGGGGAGAGGAAGGUUAAAACUGUAGAGGAAGAUGUGGAGGAUGUUACUUCCAGUACUGCAGAUCUUCUAGAAGAAGGAGAGGAGCUCUUGGGAGAAGAUGAGGGAGAAGAUGUGGAUGAAGAGAAUGGUAGGAUGGAUGAAGGAGAAGAAGCAGAAGAGUUUACAGAAACCCAGGAGAUGUCAGACCAGGCGCAGCUUGAGAAUGAAAAGCCAAAGCUGGAGGAUGUAGAAGAACUUGAGGAAGAAGGAGAGGAUGAUGAAGAGGUGAAGAGUAAAGAAGAGGAAGAGAGUCCAGAUAUCAGCUUUCCAGACACCACCAUCUCACUUACACACCUUCAGUCAAACAGGGGAACUUCAAAUCCUGGCUUCAAACAAGAAGUUUCAAAACAGGACAACCCAGAGCCACAAGGCAGAAAGUACAUAAGCGCCAAGCAGAGAAGAGAUAUGAAGAAGAAGCAGAAACAGGAUAGUGAUGAUCAUCAUGAAGAGGCAGAGAUUAAAAGAGAAGAGGAUCAGGAUUCCUCUACAACCAGCCAGAGCUCUAAGACUGCAGGAGCUACUCAGCAGGUUCUGAAGAGGGGACAAAAGAACAAACUGAAGAAAAUCAAAGACAAAUACAAAGACCAAGAUGACGAGGACCGAGAGCUGAUGAUGAAGCUGCUUGGGUCUGCAGGUGGCAGUAAAGAAGAAAAAGGAAAGAAGGGAAAGAAAGGAAAAGGAAAAGAGGAGCCAGUGAAGCGAGCACCACAGAAAGCUCCCCAGAAGCACAGAGAAGCCAAAACUACAGGGAAUAAGGCUGAGGGGGCUGAGGACACCGGCCCUGCAGGAGAAGGAACCACUGAACAGGAAGACAAGGAGGCUGACGAUUUGGACCAGGACAACCCCGGGGCAGAGGAAGGAGAGAACUUUCUGGACUCUCUGACUGGUCAGCCACAUCUGGAAGAUGUACUGUUGUUUGCAGUCCCUGUAUGCGCCCCCUACACAGCCCUCUCCAAUUACAAGCACAAAGUAAAACUUACUCCAGGGACACAGAAGAAGGGGAAAGCUGCCCGGACUGCUGUGUUCAGCUUCAUGCGUGCAAAGGAAACUAGCGUCAGAGAGAAAGACCUUUUACGCAGCGUCAAGGACACAGAUCUGUCAAGAAACAUGCCUGGAAAAAUGAAAGUCUCUGCUCCAAAUCUGCUGGCAGCCAAGAAAAAGUGAUAUUUUUAAAGACAACAAACUGUUUUUGAGAAGAUUGAGUGUUUAAAGUGAGUCCUUUAAAUAUUUGAAUUAUGGGUAUGAUCAGGACAGGUUAAGAACCAAAGUAUAUAAAGUGAUCAUCAGACACUUAAUCUACAGUUUAUAGAAAGGAAGAAAAUGAAUCACUGAAUAAUGAUGUCUUAACACAGAUGGGAAAUAUAGGAAAUUGGUUCACAUUACAGAAUGAAAGGAAUUUGCAUUUCAAAUCUAUUGUGUUUUUAACGUAAAUAAAUAAAAUGAAUAUUUUUCUGUUUAAUGAGGAAAUAA